CGCCCGUUUCGGCGAGGGGUCGCAACGCCUCCCUCGCGUCAAAGCCCUUCGCUCGCAUCACACCCAGCCGCUCAAACCAACGCAAAAACCACCCACUACUACUGCUCGACCGAUCGAUCGAUCGCGAGGGUGCGUGCGCGCAUGGACGUGGCCGUGGACGUGGAGAUGGAGAGGCCACCGGCGGCGGAGGCGCAGGCGCAGGCGCAGCGCCCGCGUCCCAACCCCGUCGUGGAGAGGAAGCUCGGGGAACUGAACACAUGCCUCGCCGACGCGAUGUCCUCACGCCCGCGGCGGCGCGACGUGGUGGACGGCAGCCUCUUCGCGGAGAUUCAGGCCAGGGCCGACUUCCUCCGGAACCUCAUCGCCGCGGAGAGGGAGUGCCACGGCGGCGCGCUGCCGGAUCACCUGGCGGAGGCCGAGGCGCGCUUCGCCGUCCUCAAGGGCGCGUUCGACCAGUGGGCGCGGCGCGGCGACGCGGCACCGGCCGAAGAGGAGCAGCCGUCGGAGGCGGCCGGCUCGGGGUCGGGGUCCGAGUGCUCGUGCACCGAGUCCUGCUGCGGGGUCGAGGUCACCGGCGGCCGCGGGGCGACGUCCGACGUCGAGCGCGGGGCCGUGGAAACGACUGUCGGCGGCACGUUCAGUGACGAGCGCAAGCCCGGACACAAGCCGGCGCCGGCGGCUGCGACAAGGAGCGCCACUCGGCGGCGCGGAUGGAGGUGGAGCGCUGCUUGCUGCGGUGCAGCCGGCGCCGUGGCCGUGGUCGCGCUCGCGGUCGGGGUGGCUAUUGAGUUUGCUUUGGUGGCUCACCACAGCGUUUACGUUGUUCCGACGUAGGCGGAUGUGUUCCCCUUUCGAUUCCGCUGUUCAUCUCGUUGUGACCUCGUACAGACUGAUGUCAGUAGACUUCUUGUUUUUUGUCUGAUAUUUAGACAGUAGACUUCUUGAGUAAUUUUAUGAGUAGUUCAUUGUAAGAAGUAAAUCAAUGGCACAUUGUUAUUCUACAGUUGACCAAUACUGCAUACAGAAAUACUAACGUAUUAGGGGUGAUUAU